AAAAGAAAAAAGAAAAAGAAAAAGAUAAAGAAAAAGAAAAAGAAAAAGAAAAACAAAAACAAAGAGAAAAAGAAAAAGAAAACGAAAGAGAAAGAGAAAAACAAAAAGAAAGAGAAAAAGAAAGAGAAAGAGAAAAAGAACAGAGAAAGAGAAAAAGAAAGAAAUAAAGAAAAAGAGAAAGAGAAAGAGAAAAAGAAAAAGAAAGAGAAAAAGAAAAAGAAAAAGAAAAAGAAAAAGAAAAAGAAAAAGAAAAAGAAAAAGAAAAAGAAAAAGAAAAAGAAAAAGAAAAAGAAAAAGAAAAAGAAAAAGAAAGAGAAAAAGAAAAAGAAAAAGAAAAAGAAAAAGAAAAAGAAAAAGAAAAAGAAAAAGAAAGAGAAAAAGAAAGAGAAAAACGAAAAAGCAACAGAAAAAGAAAAAGAAAAAAACAAAAAAAAAGAAAAAGAAAAAGAAAAAGAAAAAGAAAAAGAAAAAGAAAAAAAAAGAAAAAGAAAAAGAGAGGAAAAGAAAAAGAAAAAGAAAAAGAAAAAGAAAAAGAAAAAGAAAAAGAAAAAGAAAAAGAAAAAGAAAAAGAAAAAGAAAAAGAAAAAGAAAAAGAAAAAGAAAAAAAAAGAAAAAGAAAAAGAAUAAAGAGAAAAAGAAAGAGAAAAAGAAAGAGAAAAAGAAAGAGAAAAAGAGAAAAAGCAACAGAAAAAGAAAAAGAAAAAGAAAAAGUAA